CUCAAACGUCUUGAUCGAAUCAAGUAUCAUUUGGUUUCAUUGUAUAUUUUAACAAUAUAUUUGAAAUAUUACUUAGAAAGUGCUCAUGAUCAAGUUCUAUGCAUUGUAUGAUGUAAUCCUAAUUUAUUGUAAUUAUUGAUCAUAUUAUGCGGAACUAUUUUUGUUGAAAAAUAUGGAGGUGUCAGGCGCGGGGAAAUCCCCCAAUGCAACAUUAUCAUUUAGAUAUAAUGCUAAUAAUGAAGAGUUAGAGGAAUUAUUUCAACCAUGUGAAGAUGACCCUCCCACUCCACAAUGUGAACCAACAGUAAAAGAACCUAUAAGUGCAAGUCCCAAACGUGGGGACAAAACAUCAAUUAUAGAUAAAUAUUUCAAGUCUAUGCGCACUGAAAAAACAAAUGACAAACAAGAUGACUCCAAACAAGCAGAGAGUAAGUCUCAAGAAGAAAGUAAGAGUCCAGUUCCUCCUAAAGAAGUCUCUUCAUCUCCAGUAAAAGACUAUCUAAACAGAUUAGGUAAAAGGAGUACUUCUGAAUCUAUACCUGAAGGAAAAGAGAGUGCCAAUGAAACUUGGAAGAUAUUCCAUGAUUUCAAAUUCAAAAUAGCUCAGGCUGUUGAAGAUAUGAAAACUAGAUCAGUGGAUGAAACAAAAGAGAAAUCUCUGCCUCGAGAGAGUUCAACAUCAGAUUCUGAAGAAAACUCAGCAAUUAAAGAUCCUGAUCAGCAAAGUGUAGGAGACACAGAUAAUCAGGUAUCGUCUCUUGACAGUAGCAUACAAAAUCUCUCUGAAAUGACACAACCUUUAACAGCAAAGGCUUCAGAGCGUGAACUAAGCCUUGCUAAUAAAAAUGCAACCGAUUCAAGUGAAGAAACACAUAAAAUACUAGAUCAUAACGAAACCAUAGAAGUUCCGAAAGAUGAUAACGUUGAAAUAGAGUCAGGUGUGGAAGCAUUAGAGGACACAAUUGAUGCGUUUGGAGAUGUAACACAGUUAGAUUCAGAAUCUCACGACAGUAGACCCAUUGAGAUCACGUCAGCCAUCCCUCAACCUCUAGUCGCUCCUAUGGACUUUAACUUUCCACCAAGCAAAAAUGGUUUAAACAAUACAAAUGACACGAGCAGAACAAGAACAAACUUCUUUAAUUGCACGAUGUAUUUUCUAACAAUUUUCCUAUUAUUGAAUUAUAUCCUGUUCCCAAAUUCAAACAGUUGGAUCGGUUUUCUCUUAGGUCUUUGGGUUUUUUAUUUUAUAACAUGUUUGAAGACAUGGGUGCUAGAUAAUUAUUUUAGUGAAUGGGAACCUAAGAGAAGUUUUUAUCAAAUUAAACAAAGCAAUGAUAUACCUGUUGCAUAUACAAUACCUGCCGUCAAAGAACAUACACCUAUGAAAAAAUAUGAAGGUUGGAUAAACCAUUACAGAUGUCCCGAUUACGAUCCGUAUACAUACCAUAUAAAUAAAACAACUACUGCAUUUAUGAAAUUGGAAGGUUGUAAUUUACGUUUAUCAUAUACGACUACGAAAAUCGCCAAAAGAGCAUUAUGGGACGAAAAGAUAGAGAAUGUUGCAUUUUAUCAACACAGACUUUACAAUUUGACGGGAGCUCGAAUAAUUUUGCUGCCAAAAGGUCUCGUCAGAAGAAGGCAAUGGAGCAAGAAAUAUCCCAUCUGCAUAAUACUCAAUGAAAAGGAAAAGAUUCAAGUAUUGGAAAAGGAAAAUGCGACGGUAGAAAAGAAACUUGCGGAGUCUUCGGAAAAGAAAACUAAAGAACAAAUACCGGCACAUGAGACGGAGAGUACGGAGACCAAUACGAGCCCAGAAAAGAAGAAGAAAUUUAUAUGGAGAAGACGGGAAAAGAGCAAUUCGCAAAGUGAAAGCGAACCUGGAAAGGAAGGUUUACGACAUAGACUUGUAAGAAAAAUACAUCGAGAUAAACGGUCAGACAGUUUGUCGUCGUCAGCGGACACGGACGUGCCGGUGGCGAGCGACAAGUCGCCGCAGUCGGAGGAAGCACCGACGCCGGAGCCCGACCCCGACCUCGCCUCCAAAUCCGCAACCAGCACUAAAGAUGAUACCAACGAUGAUGAAAUCGAUGACAGCGAAUUGUCUCGUAUUAAAGAGUUCUUGGAUGAAGCGGAAUUGGAGGGCACCGGAGAAGGUGGCCCGGAGGGGGAGUGGAGCCUACACGUGAAGCAAUCACGUGACAAACACGCCCAUCUCUUCCUCUUUGCUCGCACCGGCCGCGACAAGCACGAAUGGUACCGUCGUCUGAAUGCCGCCAUAUCUGAAGCGAAUGCGUCAAACGAAUCGUCUAUUGUAGAGGAGAAGUUGACGAGCGAGGGCCAGGAAACUAAAGACGGCAUCGAGCUCGCUGUGUACAAGCUGACAGAAAAGGACACAGUCGCAUUUGGCAAGAACAAAAGUGAGGUGACGUCAGAUGUGUUUCCACCGUACCCGUCGCAAUCUGAGUCAUACGAGAAGACAUUCUGGCCGUACCUAUUUAAAAUAAUACAGCCGCAGAGCUCUGUGGUGGAGUGCGAGUGUCGCACGCUGCCUGCGGAGGUGACAUGGGUGAACACGGUACUGGCGAGGCUCAUGUUUGACGUGAUGCGUGAUCCCGUCACCAUCGCACGCUUACAGAACAGGAUACAGAGGAAGCUUAACACGUUAAAGCUGCCGUCGUUCAUGAGUCCGCUGGUGGUGACGGAGCUGUCGCUGUCGGGCGCGUGUCCGCUGGUGCGCGGUGUGUCCGCGCCCGCGUGGGACGAGCGCGGAGUGUGGCUGGACGCUGACGUGCGAUACGACGGCGGAGCACACAUCUCUAUACUUACACAGAUCAAUCUCAUGAAGCUCAAGGAGAAGAAUGUUACUCUUGAAGACCAAUUGAUGGAGACCAGUGAAAAGGUUGAAGAAACUGAUGUCAACUGUCCCUCUACCACGGGCGCUGAGAAACAGUUAAGAAAACGCAAACCGGCGAUAUACGACAGUGAGAUCGAGGACUCCGCAGAAUCGAGCAGCGAUGACGACAGCCCGCUGGUGCAGCCUGUUGACAGCGGAGAGAACGUCGUCAUCUCUGAAUCCUCAUCAACAAUGACUGAAGGUGGAUCGUCAAAGAAGAAAUUCCUUCGAAUGGUCGACAGGAUUGCAACUAAUAAAUAUUUUCAACAGGUGACUGACUACAAGUACGUGAAGCGCGCGAUGGAGGGCCUCUCCAACACAGACAUCAAGCUGCAGCUGGAGGUGCACGGCCUUGAGGGCCGCCUCGCCCUCAACCUGCCCUCACCACCUCAUGAUAGGAUAUGGAUAGGUUUCCGCACGAACCCGCAGCUAGUGUUGCGCGCGCGUCCCGCUGUUGGUGCUCGAGCGUUGCGCUUCGCUCACAUCUCCAAUUGGAUAGAACAGAAGUUAACCAGAGAGUUCGAGAAGGUUCUAGUGCUGCCCAACAUGGAGGACAUACUGAUCGACCUCAUGACACCCACGCCCGUCAGCUUUGAGUGAACUUAUGUAAGUUAGUCGAAAUUAUUAUAAUUAUGUGAUAUUUUGAUUUGUUAAUUCAUUAUACUGCAAUAAUAUCGGCUACUCUGUUCUUGUUUUUUUUUUAAUUUAUAUUUACAAUGUAGGGAGAAUAGUAACCAUUUAUUACCAGAUAUAAUUUUAUUAAAAAAUGUUCUCUUAAGUAUGUGAAAAUAGUUAUGGCAUUGAAUGUGUCAUGGAAUUAAUAAAUCAAAACAUUAUGACACUUAUAUUAUGCAAAGUAUACGGGCCAAAAUAUUGUAUUGCGAUUUUACGGGUAAUAUUCCCCUAAUUAUUGUCAAAUAUUGAUAAAAUUAUUAUACAUUAUGUCUUUGCAAAAAGUUAAAAAAAAACACAUAAUAUGAUAAAGACAAAGCUAAGUUUAGGCAAAGGCAUGUCAUUCUGCCACCACCGACAAUUAUUUGAGAUUAACAAAAAAAUUUUUUUUGUCAUGUUUAAAAAAGGAUCUAUACCAUUGCCACUAUUUAUGAAGACGCACAUCAAUACAUAAUAAUAAUGGCGUCAAAUUUUUUAAUAUUAAUUUAU